AUGAUGUUCCCUGUGAAACUUUCCAUAUUCAGCAUCAUAUUGUACUCCUGGCAAUAUCCCGAACACGCGAAUGAAUUUGGCACAUCAUGGAAUCAUAGGCCCGAGCAACAGGACACUCUCGGUGUCAGGAUCAGUAGAUUAUUAACCGUUGAAGUGGAUAUGCAAGCACCAGCACCAAAUAAUACAUUACUGCUCAGUCCUGGUAAGGGUCAUGAUAAAAAGCUCGCAUCCGGGCAAAAGCCAGGAAAGUCCGGUAAACCAAAAUCGAAGGUGAGUACAGAAGAGCCGCUACCGCAGUCCCCACAGAAUAAAGUGCAAGGUGAAAAGAAUGAAAAGAAGCCACAAGAAACUGAAGUGAAGGGUGCAACGGAUAAGCAAACACCAGAGCAAAAUAAAGGUCCCGUUAAUCCCAGUGGAGGCCCAGUGAAGGCAACUGCGCAAGAUGGAAAGUCCGGAAAAUCGAAGCCCAAAGAUAGAUCGCAAGGGUUACAAGUGGGCUCACAGAAUGGGGCACAAAUUGAAAAAACGACCGAGCAAACUAGGGGACUGUGUAGCAACAUCGUUUAUUGGAUCCGCUGCUUCAGUUACCGUGAGUAUAGGACUCAUGCUCCUGAUCAUGCUCAUUCGUUUUUACUACCGAAGGGGAAAAGCAAAAGUGCCAAAAAAAGCUCUAAAGGACAAAAUUUCAUCAGAGGGAGAGAAGCAGCCUGA